AUGUCGUAUGACCCGAACGAUUUUUUGACUCGUGACACCCCUAUAAAAACCAUUAUUAAAACAGCCAAUGGGGAAGGGAUUAAAGAUGUUCGGACAGGGAAAGUCAUUGGGCGUGGUAUUGAAAAAGGAGGAUUAUACUACUUGGAAGGGGAGACUCAAAAAGGCAAAGCUGUUCUUGCUCGCGGGUCAGAGGAAAGACAACUGUGGACAUGGCAUCGACGUUUGGGGCAUCCAUCAAUAGGGUAUUUAGAAAAACUUUUUCCACAAUUUAUAGGACUAAAAACUGAUUUCAAGUGUGAAACUUGUAUUCGUGCAAAGAGUCAUAAACACUCAUACUCUACUAGUUUGAAUAGAGCUGAUUUACCUUUUAUGCUGAUUCAUUCCGAUGUGUGGGGUCCUGCACCCGUCAUAGUCACUACAAAUUCUGACCAAAAACAGAAUUCAAUGUAG